CUCUGUGCUCGUGGAGCUCGCUGCAAAUGUGAACGAGAGAGAGAGAGAGCGAAGAAGAGUAGAAAAACAGAGAGAGAGAGGCAGAGGGGGAGAAAAGGAGAGACAGAGAGGUGUUUUGGUAGAAACGAUACAUUCUGCCACAUGCUGCAACGACAAGCCUAUCUCAUCAGCAUCCACUGCGCGCUCAAGGGAUGAGAAUAGCCGAAUUGAAUCCAGUGGGGGAAAUAGGUCUAAUAUGUGAAUAAGGAGUUUGACAGCAGUAUGCGUCCGUAGUGAAGAGGAACACAUAGGAAAACAAGCUCUCUGAGUGCUGGACUGAUAUCGCAUGGGGACAUGAACAGUGUGGACCCCGCUUCUACCAAACUGUUGACUUUCAACCAACGGUAAAUGAACACAUUUCGCUCUGCCUCGGAGGACUUGGGCUGCAGGCGUGGAGACUUCAGCCGAAAACACUAUGGCUCCGUCGAGCUGCUGAUCUCUAGUGAUGCAGAUGGAGCCAUACAGAGAGCGGGUCGUUUCCGAGUGGAGAAUGGCUCAUCAGAUGAGACGACGGACUACACCCCGGGAACCUGGAGAAGAACCGAUGUCCAUCUGGAGAACCCAGAGUACCACACCAGAUGGUUCUUCAAAUACUUCCUGGGCAAAGUCCACCAGAACUACAUUGGUACGGAUGCAGAGAAGAAUCCCUUCUACCUGUCUGUGGUUCUGUCCGACCAGAACAACCAGCGGGUCCCUCAGUACAGAGCCAUCCUCUGGAGGAAGACAGGAACUCUGAAGAUCAGUCUGCCAUACAGCCCCACCAAAACACUAUCAGUCAAAUCCAUCUUAAGUGCGAUGAACUUGGACAGGUUUGAGAAAGGCCCGAGGGAGAUUCUCAACCCAGAGAUACAGAAGGACCUACUGGUGUUGGAGGAGCAAGAGGGUUCUGUCAACUUCAAAUUUGGUGUCCUGUAUGCCAAAGAUGGACAGCUCACAGACGACGAGAUGUUUAGCAACGAGACUGGGAGCCAGAGCUUCGAUAAGUUCCUCAACCUCCUGGGUGACACCAUCUCCCUGCAGGGCUGGGCAGGCUACCGUGGUGGGCUGGAUACCAAGAAUGACACUACAGGAAUGAACUCCAUCUACACAGUGUACCAGGGCCAUGAGCUGAUGUUCCAUGUCUCCACCAUGCUACCCUACUCCAAGGAGAACAAGCAGCAGGUAGAGAGGAAAAGACACAUUGGGAAUGACAUUGUCACCAUAGUGUUCCAGGAGGGAGAGGACGCAUCUCCUUCAUUUAAACCCUCCAUGAUCCGAUCCCAUUUCACACAUAUUUUUGCAUUAGUUAGAUACAACAGUCAGAAUGACAGUUACAGGUUGAAGAUUUUCUCUGAGGAAAGUGUGCCACUGUUUGGACCUCCCCUCCCCUCACCACCUGUGUUUACAGACCACCAAGAAUUCAGGGACUUUUUGUUAGUCAAACUAAUCAAUGGAGAGAAGGCCACCCUGGAGACGCCCACGUUUGCCCAGAAGCGCCAGCGGACCCUGGACAUGCUGAUCCGUUCCCUGUACCAAGACCUCAUCCCUGACCUCCACAAGGUUCCCUUCUCUCCCCAGAACAUGCUCAACAGACGCUCGUUUAGUGAUGUACUGCCGGAGUCGCCCAAGUCUGCCCGCAAGAAGGAAGAGGCACGACAGGCCGAGUUUGUCAGGAUAGGACAGGCACUAAAGCUGAAGACCAUCGUCAGAGGAGACGCCCCCACCAGUCUGGUCACUACAGGCCUGUGUAGAAAAGAGCCGUGGGAGUCCCAGUCAUUCUGCAGUACGUUUCCCUAUGAGACGGUGUGUGCUGACUCCUGGGGUCAGUCUCUGCUGGUCGCCACGGAAGCAGCAGGGGUCAUGAUGAUAGAUGCUGUUGAUCCACUUCUUUCAAACCCAGAAGCCCAGGUCCUGCCUCCAGUGCAGGUGUUUGAUAAGACUAUGGUGGUGAAACAGAUACACGUUGUAGAGCCUCAGGACCUCCUCAUCACCAGGGCUGACAAAGGGAAGGAAGCGCGUCUCUAUGUGUUCAGACUGAGCAUGCUCAAGAGAGGCCUGGAGGAGAGGCAGCUGGUUCGCACCAAGUGUGACAGUCGAGAGAACAAACUGGAAAAGACCAAAGGGUGUCACCUAUACUCCAUCAACACCCACCAUGGGUCAGAGUUGAGGAUCGUGGCGGCCAUCAGGAAUAAGCUCCUCCUCAUCACCAGGAAACAGCCCCGCCUCGACGGCCUAGGCCCCCUCGCUGCUGCAACCGACUCACCCGUGGACCAGUUCCAGUACAUACGGGAGAUCUGUCUGUGUGACCCUCCAGUAGUCAUGGCCCUAGUGGACGGUCCUACAGGGGAGAACGACAACAUGAUCUGUGUGGCCUACAAACACCAGUUUGACCUGAUCAACGAGAGCACCGGGGACGCAUACAGGCUACACCACGUAGACGCCAACCGGGUCAACUUUGUGGCAGCCAUCGAUGUGUACGAGGAUGGGGAGGCUGGUCUUUUGUUGUGUUACAAUUAUAUCUGUUCCUAUAAGAAGGUGUGUCCGUUCAAUGGGUCCACCCCUAUGAUCCAGUCAAACGCCUCUGACUUACACUUCAGCUGGAACCAGAUGCCCAACGCCAUCGUGUGUGCAUUCCCCUACAUCUUGGCCUUUACCACUGACUCCAUUGAGAUCCGGCUGGUUGUCAACGGUAACCUGGUCUACACAGCUGUCGUGCCAGAGCUCCAGCUGACUGCCUCCAGGUCAGACAUCUACUUUGUGUCGUCUGCUCCGGUCAACUCUGCCUCCAACUGCAGCUCCCGGGACACCAGUUCCCAGAGUUCCCCACAGACGCCCACCGGCUACGAGAUGCCCGUGUUCCCAUCGCCGCUCGGAGACGAUUCUAUACGGAUCCCCUAUGGUACCAAGCUAUCCCUGUACAUGUCUAAGGAUGCCGAAGGUGAGACACAGUGUAAGCACAUCUUCAAGAUCCCACUGAGUAACCUAGUGGGCCGCAGCAUCGAGAGGCCCCUUAAGUCCCCGCUGGUCAACAAGGUGGUGACGGGCCUGAUACCCCCCGCGGGGGCCCUCAUGCAGGGGUCCUCACACACCCUGUCUCUGUCCCGCAUGGAGAUCAAAGAAAUCGCCAGCCGCACCCGUAAGGAGCUUCUGGGCUUGACCGAGGAGCCGAGCAGUAAGCCCGACAGCAGCACGGUCAAACAGAGGAAGAUGAGCAAGAAGACCACUGAGGAAGAGAUAAAGGCACGAACAUUGACAUCCACCAGCAGUGACAGAAUGGGCUCGGAGUCGGCCGACACGGACUCGGACAUCCAACGGCACUGCUCGUCCAGCUCGGAGGCGGAGCCAGAGAAAGUGGUGCUUAGAGAGGAGAGCCCACCAUUGGCCAGCCCCUUCACCCUCUCCACCUCGUUCGAAGAAGACAUCCUGGACCUAAAGUGAAGACAAUCCCAUCAUGCACUUAUUUUCUGCUCCUCCUCCUUUCCUCCUCAUCCCCCUCUUCUCUCCUCCUCCUUUCCUCCUCAUCCCCCUCUUCUCUGCUCCUCCUUUCCUCCUCAUCCACCUCUUCUCUGCUCCUCCUUUCCUCCUCAUCCACCUCUUCUCUCCUCCUUUCGGUCAUUUUAUUUGUAGUCUGUUGAUUUCUGUUUAGUUUUUAUCUCUGUGGUCUGGGUCUUCAUCCUCAGACGUGGUGUGUAGAAGAGAUAUGUGUGUGUGUGUUGCACUGCAGCGAGUAACCCAAAGAAAACGAGGAGGUCAUUUGAGGUGGUGUGGUUAGUUCAGAGUUCAGAGGUCAUUAUACGGCGAAGGUUUCAUCAAUAAAUCAAAACUGAAUGUAAAUCUACGCACCAAGGCACGAAGAAAAAUCUGUGUUGGAACCGACGCCCUCGUGAAGUUGCUUUGGCUUACCAUUUGUUGCAUAUUAUAUGAUUAUUUCCUAAUCCACUUUCAACUGUAGUAUAAUAUAUGUAUGUGUACAUCUAUUUAUAUAUUAAGAUGCAUACACACUGACAGACAUGUAUGCCUUUAUAGAUAUAUUAUAAUACACAUUUUAUUCACAUAUUUAGUAAAUGUAAGAUGUUUUAUGCUCUCCAUGUCUGUCAGUCUUGUUCUGUUUCCUUUCCAACUCACAGUAUGCAGGUAGACAGGGCUGGACUGGAGGCAGAGUCUCCCACAAGUGCCAAUUCGCCACAUCCUACACCAAAACCAGAACUCCCAUCAGCCACCUCUCCUCUGAUUGGCUGGUCUCUGACAGUAGCAGUCUUAGUCAUGUAUCCCUCUGUAGAUAACAUCUACAGUGACUCUGUGAGCUAGGUUCAAUCAUCAUAGAGUCACACAAACACACCCCCCUGUAGGGUUUCUAAAAGCACCUGCAUGCCAUGCCUUUGCUACUACUGUCCUGUUUCUGGCUAUCCCUGAGAAUCCCUCAGUCCAGGUCCUCACAGAAUGAAAAGGCAUACAGUCUUCUAUACACAGACUACAACCUUCCCUGACAGUAAGCUUACUGUGGCCUAUAAGUGGCCCAACAUUGUCAUAGCCAGCGGCCAGUUAGCUCAUCGGCUUUCUAGUGGGUUGACGGCAGUAUCUGACACAAACAGCCGGGCACACACUGGCUGAAUCAACAUUGAAUAGUCCUUUCAAUGAAAUAACAUUGAACCAACAUUGAAUAGACGUUGAAUUGACGUCUGUGCCCAGUGGACAUGGUCUGUCUGGUGUUAGGCCGCUAUUGUCUACGUGGGACCUCUAUCAGCUUGCCUCUCUGUAUAGUGGUGUGUAGACUCAGCCAACAUUGAUUAUCUUGUUAGUCGGGUUGGAGAAUGUAUCAAGUAGCCAACUACUUCCUUUUAGGAGUGAUGGCAUGAGGUAAUGUAGUCGGUCAUAGGUUGGGUCCCAACUUUUAACUAGGGCCCAUAGAGCGCUGAUCAAAAGUAGUGCAUUAUAUAGGGAAUGGGGUGGCUUUUAGGACAUAGACAUUGUGGAUGAGAGUCCAUUUAGAUGGUAGAUUGGUUAGGGUUAGAUGGUAGAUGGGUUAGGGUUAGAUGGUAGGAGGGUUAGAUGGUAGAUGGGUUAGGUGGUAGGAGGGUUAGGGUUAGAUGGUAGGAGGGUUAGAUGGUAGAUGGGUUAGGGUUAGAUGAUAGGAGGGUUAGAUGGUAGAUGGGUUAGGUGGUAGGAGGGUUAGGGUUAGAUGGUAGGAGGGUUAGAUGGUAGAUGGGUUAGGGUUAGAUGGUAGAUGGGUUAGAUGGUAAAUGGUAGGUACUGUAGCCUAACUCAGAGUCCCUAUAGGAACUAUUUGGAAGACGGAAUUUCCUCUCCUCUCCAACUCUUCACUAGGAGCAAGGCAUAACUCCCCAAGUGCAAUGGGACAUUUCUGAACACAGGAGUUGUGAUGCAUGUAAAGAGAGAGUGGACUGAAACAGCACAGAGGAAGCCAUAACACACCUCUGAUACUUAACACACCUCUGAUAAGAUAGAUAAGUAACCAAUCCCAAUGAGUAGAGUGACAUCAGCCUAUCAGCACGCGGGUCGGGUCAAACGUGACUCAAUACUGGGGCGUCAUGGUAAAUGUAGUGUUUCAUCAGUAUGUACUGGACAUGAGUUGGGCUCACGCCUGCAACUUCUGAAAAUCAGUGUCAUCCUUAACCCAAGUGGGAAUUUCCUACUGGGCUAAUAGUUAGGAGUUUGGUAUCUCCCAUGGGAGACCAGGGUUCAGACCCCUCCCUUGACGUACAGCGUGAUAUUGUGUUCUCAGUGUCUUAAGCUGCAUCAUGCUGAGAGCAGUGUUAGGGAGCGGCUCUGUUGUUACUACUAUACAGGUCACGGUGAUAUUGCUGCAAAACCUACAUACAGUACAUGUCCUGAGAGGAAUAUUAGGGCGAGUUCUUGGCUUAAGCAUCUGUGCAUACAUUUGGCCAUGAGUGGUCAGUUUGCGACAUGGCACCCCUCUUCUGAUCUAGCAUGAGCCCCCUUCUCUCUCUCUAUCACACCCUUUUCUUCUGUACUUGCCUGUCUCAAUAUGGUCUCUUUCAAUACUAUUACGCAAAACCAGAGGGAAAACAUAGGGGGACUAUUUUUACAAUGGAAUUUGACUUGUUAUUUAUUACCCUGGUUCUUAACAAGAGUGUAGGUGAAUGGGAGAGGGAUGUCUGGUGGUUUGAAGGUUUGUAAUACGGCUUCUAUCACUUUGAUCAUUCUACCUGUUACUCUCUCCUUUGUUUCCGUCGUCCCUGUUAAGUUCACACCUCCCUACUCCUUGAUGUUUUUGCAGUGGUUUUGUAUCUAAAUCAAUAUUUAGUGUUUAGACUGUUGCUCAACCUCUCUGUGAUAUCAAAACGAAAGAAAAAAUAAUAAAAAUAACACCAAGUGUCUUAAAAAUAUUGUAUCGCCAUCGUUUUUAAUGCCAAGUACUACUUGUAAAUGUUUGUGUUUCAAAUGUGGCCUCAAAUCAACCUUUAUUCUAAAAUUAUUAUUAUUAUUAUAAUUUUUUGAACAAUUAUUUUAGUUAUUUGAAUAAGUGCUGUAGACCACUGCUGUGAAAGUAGUAAAUUCUGUUCAUUGAUAUGUAAUAAAUAUUUAUGAAAUUUGAA